AUGGGCUCCUGGCCGGUGGGAAGCACCGGCCCGGACCCGCUCAUGGUCCUGCUGGUCAUCAUCUUGCUGGCCCGCUUCCUUCUCUGGUCCUGCCUGGGCACCUACAUCGACUAUAAGCUGGCGCGGCGGCAUGCCGGGAAGCCCAAGGAAGACUAG